UGGAGCCGCCGCCGCCCGCCUGAGCCCCGCUGCCGCCCGGGGGGACCGCCGGCAGCCCGGGGGGGAUGGCGCUCAGCUCCCGGGCUCACGCCUUCUCGGUGGAAGCCCUGGUGGGACGCUCGGCCAAGAGGAAGGUGCCGGAGGGUCGCGAUGAGGAGCCCGGCCCCGGCUGCCGGCCGGGUCGCAGAGCCCCGGAGGAGGAGAAGCGGCCCAAGGCUGGUGCCGAGAGCCGGGCUGGCGGGGUGCAGGUGGAGCUGCAGGGCUCCGAGCUCUGGAGGAGAUUCCACGACAUCGGCACCGAGAUGAUCAUCACCAAGGCCGGCAGGAGGAUGUUCCCGUCGGUCCGGGUGAAGGUGAAGGGCCUGGAGCCGCUGCAGCAAUAUUACAUCGCCAUCGAUGUCGUGCCCGUGGACUCCAAAAGAUACAGGUACGUCUAUCACAGCUCGCAGUGGAUGGUGGCGGGGAACACGGACCACUCCUGCAUCACCCCGCGCCUCUACAUCCACCCCGACUCUCCCUGCUCGGGGGAGACCUGGAUGAGGCAAAUCAUCAGCUUCGACCGAGUGAAGCUCACCAACAACGAGAUGGACGACAAGGGGCACAUCAUCCUGCAGUCCAUGCACAAGUACAAGCCCCGCGUCCACGUUAUCGCCCAGGAUUCUCGCUUCGAUCUAGCGCAGAUCCAGUCGCUGCCGGCCGAGGGGGUGCAGACCUUCUCCUUCCAGGAGACCGAGUUCACCACCGUCACGGCCUACCAGAACCAGCAGAUCACGAAGCUGAAGAUCGACAGGAAUCCCUUCGCGAAAGGUUUUCGGGACCCCGGCAGGAACAGGGGGGUCCUGGACGGGCUCCUGGAGACCUACCCGUGGAGACCCCCCCUCGCCCUGGACUUCAAGGCUUUCGGCGCAGACAGCCAGGGAGCUGGUCUUUGGAGCGCGUUCGUGCUUGGAUGGACACAGGCAGCAUGGAGACCUGGAGAGGGAGCAGGACUCCUCCAAGGAUUGCUGACUGGCUGUGGUCACCAGUUAGCCCAGCCUGGAUGGUUUCUAUUUUCCUUUCCAGGUGGGAGCUCCAGCUCUUCUCCAGUGGCCUCCAGCGGUGGGACCCCCUCUCCUCUGAACCCCCUGCUGUCUCCAUCCUGCUCCCCUCCCACGCUUCACUUGCCUGCGAGUAACCUGGGUGUGUCGUGCCCCGAGAGCUUCCUGCACCCCCUCAACGUGCCCCUCUACUACAAGAUCUGCCCCACGAGCUUCUUGAGACAACAGGCGCUCCUCUUUCCGAGCCACGAAAAACUGGGAGCCACCAACCCACAUCUUCUACCCCACUUCAUGGUGGAUAUGCCCAAACUGUCUUCCCUGAAAAAUGCCAAAGCCGAAGACUUAAACACUCAGUGCCUACAAGCCCCCGGUUCUGCUGGUCAAAUGCUGUAUGGAUUACAUGCAUCUGGAAACAUUUUCCCAUCAAGUCCCAUUGCUCGGGAAGCACUUAAUUGUUCUUUACAUCCUCCAUAUGGCGUGUAUGGUUAUAACUUCUCUGUGCCAUCCAGACUGAUGAAUGCAGCAGGGCAUUUCAAAGUGAGUGACAGCAUUCCGGCUGCUUUGAGGGACAGCAGAUGCAAUCACUCCAACUGGCACCCCACAAUUAACCACUGCCUUUAGUGGGAUCAGAGAAUAUUUCUGAGUGUUGCUAUGUAAAGCAAGUCCUUCCUUCCAUCAUACCCAGGGGCUUGUUAGCUAUUGACUCUGAAACUCUGCAUGGUACAGGAGCGGGAUGGACAGGCAUUUAAUCCUUUUAUUUGUGGACGGAAGUGUUGUGUUAUUGGGAGGGUGGAGGGUCUGAGAUGACCCUUUUGGCCACAUUUAUGUAACAGCUGUAGGUUAUGAGCAAACUGUCAGUCACCUUUUUACUAUUUGCACUCUCAAGUGGGGACGUUGAUGUCUGUAUUUCUACAAAUGUGUUUUCUUUCUCUCGCUUGCCUUUAGUUAGCUCAGAGCCCUGGGGAGCUGCUGCUCACCCACUCGUGUUUUAUCCCUAAUUUCAAAGGGACUAUCCAGGACCUGGACUUGGCAAAGGAGCCACAUCUGGCCAAGCAUUCGAGCAUGUUCUUAAGUUCCUUUGGCUCUAACGGGUCCUAAUUAAUGACAUGAAAGUCCUUCAUUUUCCAGGACCCAAGUGCCGCCGUUAUCAGGGUGGGGACAUAAAUCCAAGUAUCUUAAAUCCAAGUAUCUGCUGCCAGGGUAAAGAAAGACAGGAAGAAAGAUGGAUGGGAUGAGAAGCUGGAGGGGUGCCCCAGAGCCCUCUUUUCCAUGCCCCAUGGUCCAGUGGCACCAGCUUUGAUGGCGUGGUGGGAAGGACAGGGAUGGGGUCACACAUCUCUCCCAUGUGAGAUGGAUCCAGGCCGGGGCCACGGAGGAUACAUCUUGGAGAGUUGUGUGGGAUGAAACACCCCCAGGAGCCCUGCAGGACCGUCCUCUGACCCAGAGCUCUCAGCCCAAAGAGACACAGAAGAUCCACGUGGGAUCUCAUCCAGCCUGUGCCCGAGGGAAGGGCAGGGAUGCUCCUGGUUCAGUCUGAUGGAGAACAUGGAUCCUUUACAGAGAAUUAUAACUCAACAGGCCCUGCAAUAUGAGAUUUUCAAUUCCUUCCUACAGUCCUGUUUGUUUUCUUGUAACCUGUGGAUAUUCUUGUUAUUCCUAUAAAUAAUCUCCAGCUCCCAAGGGCACCAUGUAACUCACAAUAAAUCAGGACACAGGUUUUAUUCUUUA